UGAGUAGAACAACCAACAUUCCGUAAGCUAGCUGGAUAACUUUCUCACAGGUAGAAUCCGACCAUGCUUGUGUGGCUCGAACCUAAAGAGGUGAGAGGCAAGUGGUUUGAAGUCACAACCUUUACCACUCAGCCACGGAUGUCCCUCUGUUUUAAACUCAAGACUAAAAUUUAAUAAAUUCAAAAUUUCUGUAUGCAUAACUAGUACUACCUGAAUAAAUUACAUGUACUAGUAUUACCUUUCAGAUUUUAAAUGUAGGAUGAUAAAAAUUAAGGAAGUAAAUAUCAAAUUUCACAGAUCUAACAGAGCGCAAAAUAUUUACAUUAUGUAGUUAGAGUGAAUCAUUGUGCAUGAUUUUACACCUGUUUAACAAUUUCUAGGAUUAAACCAGGUAAAACAUGGCAGUCUCAGGAAAGAAAGCAUCAAAACAAUUUUCAUCAUCAACAACAUCCAUGGCAUCAGAUGAAGAUCUUAAAAUUUACUGCCAGCCUUGUGGCGAGGAAGGGCCUAGACUACCUGCCCAUGGUUACUGUACUGACUGCAAGGAACACCUCUGCAAUAAUUGUUUUACAGCACACAAAGUCAGUAGGUUUUCAAAACAUCACACACUUCAGGACGCUACUAAUAUGCCUAAAGUAUUGCAGCAACCCUCAACAUCUAUUCACAACGGCCAGCCUGAUGUCCUGACCACACCCUGUCUCAAACAUCCACAAGAAAUGAUCAAGUUCUACUGUCACGAUCAUGUAGAAUUUCUCUGCAGUGUUUGUGUUACCCUUGAACAUCAAGCUACUUCAUGUAAUGUCAAUUAUAUACCAGACAUUUCUGGUGAUUUAAUAGACAGCAAAGAAUAUCAAGUUACCCUGAAUGCAGUAAAUACCACUUGUGACCAUUUUCAACAGAUAUUAAAAGAUGUCAAGAACAUGACAUACAAAUCAAACAGCUCUCUCAAAGAAACAUUGGCAGAAAUCAAAAUAUUUAGGCAAGAAAUCAACCAAAGACUAGAUGAACUUGAGAGACAGGCUGAAGAUGCAGCUAAUGUCAUAGAACAAGAAAACAACAAACAUCUGAAAGCAGCAGAAAAAACAUGUGAAGAAGUUACCAAAUCUCUGAAGGCAUCCACAGAUAAAAUCAAACAACUCAACAUAUCUAAACAAUUUGACAAACUCUGCAUGGAACUCAAACUUGCUGAGAAAACAUUGACAGAUAUGGAGGAAAAGGAACUAAAAUUUUCUUUAUAUGAUAUCAAAGAGCACAACUUUAAAGAAAAUGUGGCAAUAUUAACCAACCUUAAAGCAGAGAAGUCUUUUGGUACACUGACAAAGAGAACUUUAAAUAAAGAAGCUCUACCCAUACAAAUACAGUCCAGACAAUCAUCACAUGAGGGAGACAUACAUGUGAAGACAUCAAAAGAUAAAGACAAAUGCUGGAUAUCAGGAAUGACUCUGCUGACUCGUGAUCUUCUUAUCAUCGCUGACUAUAAUAACAAAGCUGUAAAGAUGGUGGAUACCAGCAGUCAAUCUGUGUCUUAUCAACUACAACUAGAUGAUCAACCAUGGGAUAUCACUCCAGUAACCAGUACUGAACUAGCUGUCACACUUCCUUACAAACAAACAAUACAAUUUAUAUCAAUCUCAUUAAACAAACUCAUAAAGAAGCACACUGUGAAGGUUGAUGGAAAGUGUUAUGGUAUAAGCUGUUACCAAGGUAAAUUUGUUGUGUCAUUCCUUAAUCCUGCAAAACUUCAGAUCCUUGACCUGAAUGCCGCAAUACAAACAACAAUUGAUGGAAAUAAUGUUUUCAAAUAUCCAUGGUUUAUCACAAGUAACAAAAGUUCUAUCUAUGUAUCUGACUGUAACAUGACGACAGUUACAAGAUUAAACUGGCAGGGUGAUUCGAUAAGUAGUUACAGUGGUAUGAGUUUCCCAAGUGGGAUAUCACUGUCAGAUGAUGGUACUGUCUUUGUGUGUGACUAGCGGAGACAUGUUAUAAAAGAGAUAUCAGGAGACUGUUCCUCAAGAAAGGUGGUGUUGAAGAAUUUGCAAAGUCCAUAUGCUGUUUGCUGGUGUGAGGAAACAAAGAAGCUGUAUUUCAGUGGCCGACGAAAAGAUGAGAUAAAUGACAACUUUCUUCACAUCUAUAAACUAUCAUAAACAUGGGCAAAAUGUUAAGAUAUUUUGACUAUAUCUACACACAUACUAUAUAUGCUUAAAUGGGCACUUAAAUCCAAUUAAGCAAUACUUUUCUAUGAAGUGUUUUUUUUUAAAAAAAAAUAAGAAUAAAUGUAUGUAAUCAGAUUUAAGGUUAUUAACUAAGGCAAUGUUUAAUUACUGUGUACCCCAAAGUCCCCAUAUUAAGUGCUUUUCACAACUAGAAAUGUGUCGUCACGCCAAAAUUUCAGAUGUUACAAUAUUUAGUUCCAAAUUUGUUUGCACCAACUACUUUUUUCAUUUUAAGUUCAAAGCCCUUAAAAGUAUUCAAUGUAAACACAAACCAUUUUUAAACAAAAGUGUAAGGCACAGAAACUAUUCAGUGUUAACGUUAUAUAAAUUGCAUAUUGCAUAUCUGUAGCCAAAUUAAUGGCUACAUACUUACCCACAAAAGUAUGAGCGCUGAAACUGAAAAUUCAAGAUUUUUCCAACCUUCAAGAGAGAUAACUUUGUCCAAAAUCAUUGAACCACGACCAAAUUCAAACUUGAACUGCUUAUUCCAAAGAUGUACCUUUAUGUCAAAUUGGAGUUGAAUGUGUACACCAUUGGGGA